UUCUUGCUGACCCACUAGACUUUUUUUUCCCCUCCUCCUUAGCAGAGCUUUCAAAUCCCCUAGAUAAUUGACUGGCCGCUGCUGAAUGGAGCAGACGGAGAGCUGGGAUAAUAAAACUCCUGACAUCACCCUUCCAGAGAGUUCAGUGGUGGGGGGCGAGGCCUGGACGGCAGUGGGUAUAAAAAGCCGUGGCACACCAGUCCUUGAAGAACUCUGCUGCACAUAAAUUCUUACUCUUCUCCCAGAUAAACACAGAUGGAUAUCGCCAUUCACCAUCCCUUGAUCCGCAGACCCCUGUUUUCCUUAUUGACACCAACACGAAUCUUUGACCAGAGCUUCGGAGAGCAUCUCUCAGAGUCUGAGCUGUUCCCUACUUCGGGCGCUCUCAACCCUUUCCUGAUGAGAUUCCCCUUCCUAAGGACACCCAGCUGGCUAGAGACGGGAUUCUCAGAGAUGCGACUGGAGAAGGACAAGUUUUCCGUAAAUGUUGAUGUGAAGCAUUUCUCUCCCGAGGAACUAAAAGUCAAGGUGUUGGGGGAUGUGAUCGAGGUCCAUGGAAAACACGAGGAGCGCCAGGAUGAGCAUGGCUUCAUUGCCAGGGAGUUCAACAGGAAAUACAGGAUCCCAGCAGAUGUGGAUCCUCUGUCCAUCACCUCAUCCCUGUCUUCGGAUGGAGUCCUGACAGUGAAUGGACCAAGAAAACAAACCGAUGUUCCCGAGCGCACCAUUCCCAUCACCCGCGAGGAGAAAUCUGCCAUCGCAGGGGCCCAGAGGAAGUAGGAAGCUGUUUGAAACCGACUUUUCCAUUAAGGAAAACCUUUCCAUUGGAUGCAAGCAGCGUAGGCUGUACUGACUGGCCAUACUUAUUUAUUUAUGCUAAGGAAAGAGAACAAGCUCAUUUGCUAACAAAUAAAACAUAAAUAAGCA